UACAUCUCCCAGUUGAGAUUUCCAGUCUGGACUUGGAGCGAUGACGUUGUUUCUGAGGACUGGGGAGGGACUCAGCGGGGCUGACAGGAAAACCAAGGAGUAGGUGGGGCCCUGAGCAAUUCAGGCGGAAUCCUGCUUUGAGAGCGAGACUGCCGAGAAUCGGUUCUUUAUCAAUGACCUAAUUAUCGCCUUCAGCGAAGAGUUAUGAACGUCUAGCUGAUGGACACUUGGCAUUCAGGCCAAAUAGGUGACUAGGGCCUGUUUCUCAGACUGAUCUGGAGCAAGGAGAGCCCUGCUCGUUCACACAGUACACAUGAGGCGAGGGCAGUGCUCCUCAUGAUCCUCAUUGUAAAAAGGCCUCCAUGCAUGAAUGGGACUACCACAGGAGCUGGGCAGAGCUGUUUGUUUGCAUUCUGAUUGGGAACACUGGAAUCAUUUUCAUCAUGCCGACAGUGGUGGUAAUGGAUGUAUCACUUUCCAUGACCCGACCUGUGUCUAUUGAGGGGUCCGAGGAAUACCAGCGUAAGCACCUAGCAGCCCAUGGUUUGACGAUGCUGUUUGAACACAUGGCCACAAAUUACAAGCUUGAAUUUACAGCACUUGUGGUUUUUUCAUCACUUUGGGAGUUGAUGGUCCCCUUCACGAGAGAUUAUAAUACCCUACAGGAAGCACUAAGUAAUAUGGAUGAUUAUGACAAAACCUGCUUGGAGUCUGCAUUAGUUGGCGUUUGCAAUAUCGUUCAGCAAGAAUGGGGUGGUGCAAUUCCUUGCCAGGUUGUCCUGGUAACAGAUGGCUGUCUUGGCAUUGGUAGAGGGUCAUUACGACAUUCCCUAGCUACUCAAAAUCAACGAAGUGAAAGCAACAGAUUUCCACUGCCUUUUCCUUUCCCAUCUAAGUUAUAUAUCAUGUGCAUGGCAAAUUUGGAGGAGCUCCAAAGCACCGAUUCCUUGGAAUACCUUGAACGUCUCAUAGAUUUAAACAAUGGUGAAGGGCAGAUUUUUACUAUUGAUGGCCCCCUGUGCUUGAAGAAUGUACAGUCUAUGUUUGGAAAACUGAUAGAUCUGGCAUAUACACCUUUUCAUGCUGUUCUCAAGUGUGGCCACCUAACUGCUGAUGUACAAGUCUUCCCCAGGCCAGAACCUUUUGUUGUAGAUGAAGAAAUUGAUCCUAUCCCUAAAGUCAUUAACACAGAUUUGGAAAUAGUGGGAUUUAUUGAUAUAGCUGAUAUUUCAAGUCCCCCAGUUCUGUCCAGACAUCUGGUCUUACCUAUAGCACUUAACAAAGAAGGUGAUGAGGUGGGUACUGGCAUCACUGAUGACAAUGAAGAUGAAAAUUCAGCCAAUCAGAUUGCAGGCAAAAUACCCAACUUCUGUGUCCUGCUCCAUGGUAGCCUGAAAGUAGAAGGAAUGGUAGCGAUUGUUCAGUUAGGUCCUGAAUGGCAUGGAAUGCUCUACUCCCAAGCUGACAGCAAGAAGAAAUCAAACCUCAUGAUGUCUCUCUUUGAGCCUGGCCCAGAACCUCUCCCAUGGCUAGGGAAAAUGGCACAGUUGGGUCCUAUUUCAGAUGCUAAAGAAAACCCUUAUGGCGAGGAUGACAAUAAGAGCCCAUUCCCCCUGCAGCCCAAAAACAAGCGCAGUUAUGCCCAGAAUGUGACUGUCUGGAUCAAACCCAGUGGCCUGCAGACAGAUGUACAGAAGAUUUUGAGAAAUGCAAGGAAACUACCUGAAAAAACACAGACAUUCUACAAGGAGCUGAACCGUUUACGAAAGGCCGCUCUAGCCUUUGGUUUCCUGGACCUGCUGAAAGGGGUGGCUGACAUGCUGGAAAGGGAAUGCACACUGCUGCCCGAAACAGCCCAUCCCGAUGCUGCAUUCCAGCUGACCCAUGCUGCCCAGCAGCUCAAGCUGGCCAGUACCGGCACCUGUGAGUAUGCCGCUUAUGACCAGAACAUCACACCUUUGCAUACAGACUUCUCUGGGAGCAGCACUGAAAGAAUGUGAAACUGACUUUUGGAGCUUUCCUUUUUUCAUUUCAACUGAAAAUGAUUUAGAGUAAAAACCUUUCCAGUAUGUUCACCUCUGGGAUAGCCACCCAAAGACCUUCCUGAGGCUGCCUCAGAAGUACCACUUGCUGUUUUGAAUGACUCCACUAGCAAUGAGAAGGAUGUGAAGGUGGUUGGCUGAUUGGGCUUUAACUUCUUGGGACUCACAAUUUUUAAGCUCAGAAGAUAACUGCUGUUCCCAUGAUGGGCACAUUUCCUGAGAAUCUUGAAGGGCUGAUGCAGCAUAGAAUACCCCUGUCUUCCUCAGGAAACCUGACCAGCAAGGGCUCUCUGGCUUUCUGAAAGCUUCACUUGUUCUCUCCAGUUUCUAUCUCAACUGUUAAGGGCAUAUUCAAGCUUCUGUUCAUGGAAUGAGCAACUCAGACUGUCCGGAGGUUGCUGAGUACAAACACACCACCACUUUCAGAACUUUCCUCAGAACUUGGGCAAAAUGUGGUGGUAAUUCUUAAGAUGCUUUUGGUAUCUCUUGAGAUUCUAACUUUUAAAGGGCAACCAUUAAUGUGUAAAAUGAGUCCUGUUUCUUCAAGGAUUUUUUUUUUUAUGAUAAUAUUUUAUUUUC